AUGACAAAGUGGUAUCUCCAGUUUACAAAAUUCCACUACUAUCUUAUUCCUAUCGUUUGCGCUGUGGUAUGGUGGGGUAUGCUUAUUGCGCUACUAGCAUGUUGGGGAGCCCAAGGGCAUCCCAUUUAUUCGUUCAUGAAAGGUAAACACCAAGAUCCCGUUUACUUAUCAGACAUAGGGGCAACCAACUUGCAGCCAUUAUUCAUUGCGUGCACGGGAUUUCAAAUGAUCUUCUUCAUGGGAACAUUGAUCAUGGAGUAUGUUUUGAGAAAAAAGCACAAGCUUCAACCGUAUGUAUCGACGAAGCAACCCAAGCUUGCCAUUGCAAGCAUCAUCUGUGGAUUUAUCGGCGAAAUCGGUAUUCUUCUCGUUGCAUGUUUCAAAACCAGUAAGUUUAAGCAUGUGCAUUUUGCUAUGGUGGGUGUCUUCAUUGCCUUUGUAUUCUUUGCUUGUUGCUUCAACUUCACCCUUACCUUCAUCUUUGGUAACUUCCCUCAACGUUUGCAUCCAAACCACGAGAAGGUUAUCUUUGGCAAGAGGCGUUGGGCGAACCUUUACAUGGUAUCAUUUUUCCUCAAGAUCAUUUGGGUCAUUUUUGCCAUUGUUUUUGCAGUUGCUUUCGGUGCUCUCAUGAACCAAGGCUAUAAGUCCGCUUCUGCCGUAUUCGAGUGGAUUAUCUGCUAUUGGUAUGGAUUCUUGCUUGUCAUCUGGUCGCUUGACUUGUUUCCUUCUGCGGUUAAGAGCUACCGCUUGCAUCACCCCGAGAAAUUUGAUACUGAAUUUAUUGACAACCACAAAAUUCCAGUGGAAGCUAGAUCUUCUUUGGAAGUAAAACACAACAGCACUUCGCUGAGUGAUAUUAUGAGCUAG